AGGAGCGCCUGCUCGGCAGCGGGUCCGGACCGCAGAGCGGAGAGCAGCCGGAGAGCAGCCGGAGAGGGGCCGCUUCAGUCCGCAGAGCCGCGCAGGAAACCAGGGGACCGAAACUCAGCCGACUUCCUCAUCCAGCUGGCUGUGUUUAACCGGAGUCAUGGCAGCGGGGAGGAUCCGGUCCACCCGCAAACUGCGCUCGUGGAUCGUCGAACAGGUGAGCGGGGGGAAGUACGCCGGAGUCGUGUGGGACGACGACUCCAAGACAAUGUUCCGCAUCCCGUGGAAGCACGCGGGGAAGCAGGACUUCCGCCAGGACGAGGACGCCGCCAUCUUCAAGGCGUGGGCCGAGUUCAAGGGCAAGCCGACGGGCGGCGGCCAUGACAGCGCGGCCACCUGGAAGACCCGGCUGCGCUGCGCCCUCAACAAGAGCCCCGAGUUCACGGAGGUGAUGGAGCGGGCGCAGCUGGACAUCUCGGAGCCCUACAAGGUGUACCGGCUGGUCCCCGUCAGCGAGCAAGGCGUGGCGGUCGCUGAGAAGAAGCCCAGAGCGAAGGCCGCCAAGAGGCCGAAGGCGAGGAGGAGGAGGAGGAGCAGCAGCAGCAGCAGCCAAUCGGAGAGCAGCGACGUCGACCGGCCGAAGCAGAUCAAGAUGGAGGAGGUCGGCUCUCAGCUGCCUCUGUGGUGGAGCGGCGUGCAGACAGAACCCGGUGAGUUGGACCGCCGUGCUCCUGAACCCGCCCACAAAGCACACGUUGGCAUGGACCAUAGUUCAGUCGAUGAGAUCCGGUUGGACGUUCGGAUCGAGGAGAGCUUCGACGCUCCGGCUGGAGUUCAGGACUCCUUCAACGUGGUGGUUCAUUAUUUAGGCCACGAGGUUCUACAACGUCAGAUCCAGAGCAGCGACGUCCGGAUAGCGUACCUGCCAAUCACUGCAGCUCCGCCCACGCCGGCCGUCCUCGAGGGGCGGUUCCCGCGCAUCCCGCUGCCGGAGCCGCCCUCCUCGCUGCCGGCCGGCCCGGAGAGCCAGGCGCUGCUCACGCUGCUGCCCUUCAUGGAGAAGGGGGUGGUGCUGACCGCCACGCGGCACGGCGUGUACGGCAAGCGCUUCUGCCGGGGCCGGGUGUUCUGGACGGGGCCGCACGGCGCCACGGCCGGGCCGCACAAGAUGGAGAGGAACAAGGAGCCGGCGAUGCUCUUCAGCAAAGACGCCUUCAAGCAGCAACUCGACCUGUACCGGCUGAAUGGCGGCGAGCCUCCGCAGUGCGGCGUCACGCUUUGUUUCGGAGAAGAACUCAACGACGCCGAGGACCCGUCAAUCAAACUCAUCAUAGUUCAGAUCGGCUUCCCGUGGGCCGAGCAGCAGCUCCAGGACGCCCAGUCGCUCCUCGACUCCAUCAACAUCCUCCAGUCUCUGGCCAGCGAGUCUCCACUGGGAGAGAUAACGCUCAACCUGGUCGCCGUGCCGACGGACUCGGAGACCGCGACCACUUUGACCCUUACAAAAUAAGAGACGAGCCAUUCUUUCAAAGUAAGAGCAUACGGGGCCGAGCGAUACGUCGACAUACUUAUCGCCUUGAAGGCAUCAUCGUCCCUUUAAAAAAAAAAAGAUUUCAAAAUAAGAGCCUCUGGCGUGUGUGUUAAUUAUGUUUUCUUCGUCUUUUAUCGCCCGGCCCUGACAGCUCGUAUGCACUUAUGAAAAACACUUUUUUAAUGAAGGUAGAUUAGCUGGUGCACUGGAAGCACUACAAGCCGGCCAACACUGAGGAGCGGCAGCCGUUUUGAUAAUCAAUCAAUCUUUUUAUGUCACAUUCGGGUUUUCUUUUUGGGACAUUCCAGACUAAUCGGCUGCGGGGUCAAGAGGACGAGGACCGGGAAGAUUGAGCUUUUAUUCCUGUGAAUUACUGGAUAGUUUUAGGGCUAAAGAAGGUUGGGAACCACUGCGCUUAGCUGAUGACGUUGUGUUUAUACUACUGCACAUUAUAAUAUAUAUAUAUAUAUAUAAACCUCGUCCUUUGGCUUUAACUCUGUCACUCGCCAAAAUAUUCGUGUUACGGUGAAAUAAAGGGAACCGCAUCAUAACGCGGCUCAGUAGAGUAGAAAAUAUGCACUAAUGUUCACGUUUCUUUGAAGUAACCGACGAUCGUUGUAUUCUUCACGCUUCAUUCCUUUGUAGUCGGAACAUUUAUUUAGUCUUUUAUGACUUUAAAGGAAGAAUCCAACCUUCACUCAUCUGCAUUUUAUUAUUGUCAUGUGAGGAUUUGGGGUUCAGUGUUUUUACAGUUGCAAUGUUUUUGCCAUCGUUGGUACGGAAGAGUAAAGUAAGCAACAAGGAGUCAACAACAACAGUUCAGUGCUGUUGCACUUUAUUAAUCAUUUACUAUUUACAAAUUCUAUGAAGCCAAAUAGAGGCAGUCAGAGUUACCCAAAUAUUUUAUUUGAUUAGCGCGACACUGAAACGGGGACCGGACAUGAAGCGCGAUUAAAAACCUUUGUUUUUACUGCAGAACGUUUUGUAUUGUACGGCGUUUCUGUUAUUUUGUCCACCUCCUGGAGCUUAAGAAAUAUGUAGGAAUAAUAAUAAUAACGUAACAAAAAAAAACAAACAACACAAGUGCAUUAUAAUAUUAAUAA